AUGGGAAAGAAAAAACAUGGUGAUGGUCCCACUAAACCAAUCGACGUCGCCUCUUCAGAUCCUGUUCAUUGUGUUCUGGCAGAGUAUAAUCGGUAUCCGAUUUCAAAACACCGUUCGUGUUGGGUACAUAUUAUAUGUUCUUUGAGGGCUUGCAAGAGGAAGAUAAGUAAACAGGAAGCUCAAAAAAUAAGGUUUCGGUUAACUGCUCCAUGUUUUUUAGGUAACAUUCCAUGUCGUGCACGAUCAAAGGGAAGAGUCAGGUGCAAGAGUUUGAUAUCUAAACAAAAAAAGAGGCUAGACUCUGGAGCAUUUGAGUGCUACAUGGAGAAUUUGUGGAGCAGCUUCCCUGAGGACAAGCGGAAUUCCUUUGCAUACUUUGACUGUCAAUGGUUUGCAUGGUACAUGAAAACAUCUUUUCGAGAAAAGGUUCUAUCUUGGAUUAAGAGGAAACAGAUCUUUUCAAAGAAAUACGUUCUUGUUCCGAUAGUUUGCUGGAGUCAUUGGAGCCUCUUGAUCUUCUGCCAUUUUGGUGAAAGUUUGCAGUCAAAAACCAGAACACCGUGUAUGCUGUUGCUGGAUUCACUACUGAUGGCAAACCCAAGGCGUCUUGAACCAGAUAUAAGAAAGUUCGUGUUCGACAUUUAUAGAGCAGAAGGCAGGCCCGAGAAUAAGCAGAUGAUUUAUCGAAUUCCUCUUCUGGUGCCAAAGGUGCCACAGCAAAGAGAUGGUAAAGAAUGUGGAAAUUUUGUUCUCUACUUCAUAAAUUUGUUUGUAGAAGGAGCUCCGGAGAACUUUAGCAUUGAAGGCUACCCUUACUUCAUGAGAAAAGACUGGUUCAAUGCUGAAGGAGUGGAACGCUUUUGCGAGAGGCUUGAUUCUUUUGGCAAGUGAUUUCUGUUAGUUUUACCAGAUUGAUCUAUCAUUUUCGUUUUAA